AUGGCUGAUGAUACGCAGAACAAUGACCGUCUCACUCUGGAUGAGGAAUCCGCACCACGCACGGCUAGUCGAGCGAGUGACAUUAGCUCGCUGCAGGACACCAUGGAUCUGGGUGACCCUGUUGCGACAGCUCCAAAAUCUCGGCAUAGAAAGACUGCUGGCGCCAAGAAGGCUAUCGAAAUCACGGAAGAUCAAGAAGACGAUAGCCAGGAACAGCUGGUGAUGAACCUCCUCGACAUGGUUGCAGAUGCUACUCCAGAUGAGUUGGUCACUCGACAGGACAAGAUGACAAGCACCUUGCUUCGCCUCAAGGAACUCCAAGACCAGCAACCACCCAAGGUCUCGUUCAGCCCAUCCAUUGCCAAUAGCUGCCGUGAGCGCCUCGAGGGUGUGCUCAUCUACCUCACCUCUGAGCUCUCGGCCAUACCGGCCUCUAAUUGGGCGUCUUACAAGAAGAAGCUCAUCAAGCUCUGCGAGUCUGAGCAGAUCAUCAACAUGGGAUUUCCACAGCGUCUCCUCAAGGUCACGGACAUCAUCUAUCUGCCUGAAGAAUUGGAAGCAAUUCCCAGAGAAGAGUUUGGCAGAAUGCACAGCGUGGCGAGGGUUUGUGCCACGGCUGCCCAGGCCAUGGGCCCAGACGGCGAGAAUACGGACGGCCUGGUGGAGAAGUGGAUUAGUGCCAAGGUGCAAGAUCUUGAAUUCUUGAAGAAGAUGUUUGGCUCGAUGCGAAACACCUUCAAGACCUCUGGGCUUGAGAAUUCGAUGAUGCCUUGGGAGAGGCAGGGUUAA